CGGAGAGAGAGAAACGGAGAGAAGCAGCACAGGAUGCUUUACUCCUUUUCAGAUGAGGUUGUGUUAAGAGUGUCUGUCUUGUUUUCUUUGUUUCGUAAAAAUAAAAUAUUAGAUUAGAAGGUGUCUUUCACUUUAGUUCUUUUAUAUUCUCAAAAGGCAUUUUCAGGAACAAGAGACGAAAAAAAAACAGAGUGAAGUGUCUGUACAGAGUGGGACUGUUUAAAUUUAACAGCCGUUCAGGUAAGAUAAUCUCUUCUUCUGCAAUCAAUAGACUGAACUAUUAUUAAUUCAUGCUCUGACUCCUGCUAUUGAAAAAUGAUUUCUAAAACAAAUACAGAAUUACAGACCCAGUCACAUGGAAGUGCUGUGCUACGGAUUGUAACAAGGCUGAUUUGAUACGUUUCUUUUCCGGGUUUAGUCUUUACAGCUCAGAAACUGUGAUCACUGCAGCAUGUGGACGUGACCGUGCAGUGUUAUCUGUCGGUUCCGCUCUGGUGCUGCAGGCUGAAGCCUUCGAUUAGUUCAGUUAGAGCGUUUAAAAAAAAAAACUGAACUGUGUCAUGUGCAUGGACAUCAAUAAACCACCCCAGGAGCUCACAGCACUGUCCCGUGAAGUAAAGGUUGCAUUAACAGCUUUUAAUGACCUAAUUAAAUGAUUUAGAGGCAGAUGCCACUUAAAGCGAGCUCUCUAAAAACUAAAAGCCACUGAAACUGGUCUACUGUUCUCUGCGUGAUUUGUCAGGGAAUUUUCAGCUUUGGUAUCUGCACAUCUUUUGAAGCAGAUUAGAGUAGGAAGAAAAUCUCAUAUUGAAACAAUGCACAUCAGUAUAACAGAGAGAGGGAGAACAGAAGAGAGGAGCACUGUCAGUAAGAACUGUCUGGCGUUCGUACCAGCGAUCUACUGCCAGAUUUGUUCCCCCUGUUGCCAUAGCAACAGUCAUUAUGCUUAAUUUCAGAUUGUAGAGUUAAUAUUCAGGAGCUAGUACUAUCUGUACCUGUAUCAAUGUGAACAAUAGUUCACAAAUAUUCUUUAUUUGUUAUCUAAAUGGGACUCAAGUCUGAAACUCAAGUAAAAUCUCAGUCUGCUUUCCAUCUCUGUCUGCUUUCAGUGAUUUUAACCUCAGUCUGAUUUCACUGUGUGAUCGGCACUGUCCAGUUUCCUUCUCUGUCCGAUUUUGCUGUCUCAUUGCUGUGUCGUCUAUUAAACUCAGCCUCUCCACAGUGAUUGAGACAGAUGAUUGCAGCUUUACUCGUGUGGGACGAUCUGAUCGGUGAGAAUUAAACAGGACAGACAUUGUGUGGAGGAAAACCCACACUUCACAGCAUCUCAGAACAGUCUCAGAACCCCAAUGGAUCAAACAAAGCCUCAUUCUCAGGCAUCCACAAUUGCAGUCUUUGUUGUCUGAAUGAGUGGACACAUUCUUCCAGAGGGAUGACCUCUCUUCUCCCUGUUUGCCCUGGCACUGCCGACACCAGCCCAGCAGCAGCCCUCUCCAUCUCUAAUUGUCUUUUCUCUCUCAAAGGCCACCAGAAGGAUAUCUGACUGAUAAACAGAGUGUGUAAAUGACUGUGUCAAGGCAAAGAGAGAAAGAUGGAACAUGAUCUCCUCCCGACUGUGAGGAUCACUCUUAAUUGUCUUUCUAUAUUUCUACGUCCUCUCUGGAGAGGACCUCAAGAUGCUGAUAGAGUUACUCAGACACUGACCGCUGAGGGGUUGUGAUGAGAGAGGGCUAAACACCGGUGAGCUCAUUUUCAACAUGCAGAGUAUUGACUGAAGAUGUGGAACUGAAGACAUACCCAAACACUUCUUGUAAUAUCCAAGAUUAGUCACACUGAAGGCAUCGAGGGCUAUUUGACCAAGAAGGAGAGUGAUGGGGUGCUGCGCCAGAUGACCUGGCCUCCACAGUCACCGGACCUGAACCCAAUCCAGAUGGUUUAUGGGUGAGCUGGACCGCAGACAGAAGGCAAAAGGGCCAACAAGUGCUAAGCAUCUCUCGGGGAACUACUUCAAGACUGUUGGAAGACCAUUUCAGAUAAGACAUGCCGAGAAGAAGGGACGUCCUGGCACUCUUUUUGAUUUUGUUACCGUGGACUUUAUUGAUCACAUUUUGGCACCAGCGCGCUGGCAACUCCUUGAUUCCAGUUCCUAAAGAUAACAGAACUAGGGCCAGUAAAGCUCACCAAAGAGGCUUUCGACUUUAUGAGUCCUGUGUCACGGAGAACAAGCGCGUCGCUAAGGCCAACCAGAUGAGGCACAUCCACCAGCGACCUCAACCCUGGUCUGACACAUUGCCAACUCUUCACAUAAUAACGCCAACCUACAGUAGACCCGUCCAGAAGGCCGAGUUGACCCGCCUCACUAACACCUUCCUACACGUCCCCAACCUUCACUGGCUGGUGGUGGAGGACUCGGCGCAGAAGACGGCGCUGAUGACCAGACUGCUGGAGAACACGGGACUGAAUUACACUCACUUGAAUGUAAAGACGCCUGAGAAUCUCCAGACACAAAAGAAGCCCAGAAAUGCACGUAUCCCACGAGGCACCAUGCAGAGGAACCUGGCUCUCCGCUGGCUGAGGGAGAACAUCAACCCAAACUCCGGUCAUAAAGGAGUGGUGUAUUUUGCAGAUGAUGACAAUACUUACAGCUUGGAGCUGUUCGAGGAGAUGCGCUGGACUCAUAAAGUGUCAGUAUGGCCGGUCGCCUUCGUCGGAGGUCUCCGAUACGAAUCGCCCAAAAUCAACUCUCAAGGCAAAGUGUUCGGCUGGAGGACGGUGUUUGACCCUCGUCGACCUUUCGCCAUCGACAUGGCUGGGUUUGCCGUGAACCUUCAGCUCAUCCUCCACAAACCUCAAGCCUACUUUAAGUUAAAAGGGGUAAAAGGUGGAUACCAGGAAAGUAGUCUGCUACAGGAUCUGGUCACCCUCAGUGACCUGGAACCCAAAGCCGCUAACUGCACAAAGAUACUGGUUUGGCACACCCGGACCGAAAGACCCUUGCUUGUGAAUGAAGGAAAAAAGGGAUUCACCGAUGGCAGCAUGGAAGUAUGAUGAACUGCAUUACUGUUUUUGAAGUUGAACAAAGCCUAAGUAUCUGGAACUUAGAACUGCACUGAAUUUACUGCAUUGACUGAAGUAUUUGACUUAAGGCUGGAAUACACUACACGACCUUUGCCCAGAUUUUUGCCCUGAUUUGCAGUCUGGAGGAGCCGAUGCAUGUUGAAAGUCACAGCAAGUCUACAACUAUUGGGCAAAAGUUGACACUGUAAAAAAUUAUCUAUAAUUAUCUAUAAAAAAAAAAAAAACAGUGUCUGAAGUUGCUACAAGCUUUUAAAAAAAAUAUAUAGUACUGAUUUUACAGACUGAACUAAUUUAAAGUCAAAUAACGGCAUUGUCUCACAAUAGCAAAAUGCCAAUGUACUAAAAUCAGUUUGGCACCUUUAGAAUAAAAUGACAACUAGCAUAAAAACCACAGAUUGCAAAGAUGGAGCAACAUGAUGAGUCAAAGUUCAAGUAGCUUGUCCACAAGCAGAGAAUAUUAAUUAUUAAAAGGUGCACAAUCUCAUCCACAAAAAUACAAAGCAUGGUAACACAUGAGACUUAAAUAAUGCAAUUACCAUUAAUUUAACAACAUGAGAUAUAACAUAAAUGAAGCAAAAAUCCACACAACUGAUAAAAUAAGAAAAUAAGAUUUUUUAUUUUUAUAAAAAUUAAAAGUGUCACACAAGGACCAAUUUUACACUAAAUUAUAUGAUGGUCUUUUUUGACUUGCUUUUUUACUUUAAAAAAAUGUCAUUUAAGAGUAUUUUACAUUAGAUCAUCCAAUAUAUUUGUUUUUAAAUAUAUCAGAUAACCAAUUAUUAUUAAAAUUACAAACACUUUCUUACAGUGUGGACUCUUUUUAUUUUGUCUGCUCAAGAUUCUGUGUAAAAAUGCAAUGCUGCAUAUUUAAUGUGUGCUCUUCACUCAUUUAGUGUACAAUGCCCUGUUUUUUUUCUUUCUGAAACCAUUUAAAAAAGUGGUCAAAGUUUAUGAUGCAUAGUGUUUGUCCAGAUUUUAAAAGUCGUACAGUGUAUUCCAGACUUAACACAACACUCUCACUGAAGAACAAUUCUCAGUUAAAAAAGGAUUUAAGUGAAAUUCCCAUAGUGAUUUAUUCCAGAAAAUGCUCUGGAAAACGUUGACUAACAGAAGUUUACAAAGCUGAUUUGAGUUGAAGUUUAGAUGGAAAUAGUAUUAGAUGAAAAUGUAAUUUCUUGGUGGUUGUUGUCACACGAUCACACAAUCAUACUCUGCCCAUAGAUAUGGCUCAGGUUGGAUUUUUUUAACCUGUUUUAUUGUCUGCCAGAUGAAAUUUAGGCCAAAGUCUGAUUGUUUGAAAAGAUUCUUCCUGAAUUGAACGGUACAGUAUGAGGUAUAAUGUAUGUCUGUAUGAUAAAUAAUGCUACAAGUUCAAUUUGAACAAACCUCAAAUCAAAAAUACAGUUUAGGUUAUAUAUAAAAUCUUUCUUGUAUUUCAGUGUUUGCACAAAAGGAAAACAACACAAUAACGCUGGAUCUAAAGUAAAUGCACUCAUAUUAACAACUGGCUGCCUGUGGAAAUUACUGAAAGAAAAAUCAGGAACUUCCUAUUGCCUACAUGGCCAGUGCAACAUUUACGUUUUCAUAUAAAAAUAAACAAAAUAUUGCACUAAUAUGACCAAUUUCAGCCAGUAAACAGCAUGAGACAAUCAAAAACAUAAAUCUACCUUGUGUCUUGCUAACAAAUGAAGCUCUCAUUCAAACACACACCCCUAACUCAUUUAUAAUAGACAGUUUUCAUUUUCCAUUUGAACUCAAAAUUACACAGUACCCAGCAAGACUGCACUUUUUCAUGAAAAAGUUGAAUGUUUAAACAUUUUAGAUAAUAUAAUGGAAUGCAAAGCCAUGCUUUUAAAAGGGUCAUAUGAUGUUGCUAAAAAUAACAUUAUUUUGUGUAUUUGGUGUAAUGCCAUGUGUUUAUGCGGUUAAAGGUUAAAAAAAAUACAUUAUUUUUCACAUAAUGUACAUUAUUGUUUCUCCUCUAUUGCCGGCCUUUCUGAAAGGCAUCGAUUUUUAAAAAAUUCAUUGUAUGAAAAGCGAGCUGUGCUCUGACUGGCCAGUGCGUUGUGAUUGGCUAAAUACCUCAAGCGUGUGACAGAAAUGUUACGUCCUUUGCCAUACUGUAAUGCAAUGUCCAAGACAAUAACAAUAAAACCCAUUACAAACUAGGUAUUUGUUUUAUCCGGUGGGGACAUAAUUAUGGAUAAUAUAAUUAUGUUGUGUUGUAUGGGGGCACAUAAACAUAAAACCAUGUCUGCAUUUGUGAUUUGAGAAUUAAAAUCGGAUCAUAUGACCCCUUUAAUACAAAUGUGCUAUUAAUGUUUUAACAAUCCAACUGUGACAUAAAAUUUUUUGUUCAUUUUAUUUUUUUUCAGGCAUUUUGACAGUGUUUAUGUAUUUGAUAGUACAGUUCUGUCUCUUAAGCAGUAUGCUGAUUUACAUAAAACAGUCUUGAAUUUUGUUCAUUAAAUGUCAACUGUCAUUCCCAGAUCAGGAGAAUCUUCAAA